GGGAUGCUCUUUUUCCUCUCCUUCACGGAUGGAGGCCCUGCCUCUUUCUGUGCAACCUGGAGACCUUUACUCCCCAACAUCUAUUCUAGCGCGACAAGAGAUGCGAGGAGGAAGAGGAGGAGGAGGCCGUUGGCAAGCGAUGGACUUCCUGCGCUUUAAGGAAAGGGGGGCUUCCGUCUGCCCAGCAAUCCCACCCCCCCACCUCCAGGAUGCUACAAAACUGAUCCGCCAUGCUUCCGUUGGCUCUUUCGAGCCUCGUGGGUAAUUUUAAUAAACAUCAGACAGUCGGAGAGAAAGACCGGCCAAGCUAGGGGAAAGGAGGAGUCAAGCAGGGAAUUAGUCUGGAAUCUUUACGUGGGCACAAAAAAGGCAAAAUCUGAUCCCUCUUGGGUGCCGUUGAGCUUUAUUUAGUCCAGGUGCAAAUCGGCCAGUCCGGGAAGAUUCCUGUGAAUCGGGCAUAGGUAAUAAAGUCUCCAAUUGAACUCUUCACAUGUGGAGCAGGCCGUUCACACUUGACAGAACCGCUUUUCGAGCCAAAUAACCAUGGCCAAAAACUUAGAACAGGAGCCAAGCUUGGUUUCCGAAUGCCCGGUCUGCUGGAACGCUUACAAUAACAUUUUCCGGACCCCCAAACUCCUACGAUGCGGCCAUUCCUUUUGCAUCGAGUGCCUGGCGCACCUCAGCCUGAUCGCCGCCACCCAGAACCAGCUGCCUUGUCCUCUUUGCCGCUGCCUGACCUUGCUGCCGGCCAACCAGCAGGUGACCGAACUCCCCACCGACGUCGCCCUCUUGCACAAGUUGGGACUGGAGCCCAACCACAUCAUCCUCGAAGGACGGCAACUGUGCCUUAAGGAGCAGCGCAAGACCAGGUAUUUCCUGCGGCAACCCAGGGUCUACACCUUGGAUCUGGGCGUUGACCCUGAACUCGGCACCCAGCCGUACCCCGAAAGCCCCCAGCCAGCGACCGUAGCCAGCACCCCCACCGUUCCUCGCCGCGCCCUUCUCCGAGAAUGCGUCCGGAACCCGCAUCUUCGGAUCUUCACGUACUUGAUGGUCAUUGUCUUAAGCCUGACUUUGCUACUCGUCUUCUCCGUCUUCUGGACGAAAAACUUUUUCCCAGGUUUGGGAUGAAGGAGAAGCAGACCGUGGAAACUUGGAUUUUGAUUUA